AUGGCUAGAUGUCAGCCUUUUACCCCCAUCGCUGCAACAGAGAUUGGACCUGGGCCGGUUCCUUCCAAGCAGUCCAUGGUCAUCGGCUUGUACGGGCUUCCAGGAUCCGGAAAGUCUACCCUGAUCGAGGGACUAAAGCUUCACCUUGAUCAAGAAAACUUCCUCUUUUACGAAGGGUCCGAGUUGAUAUCCAGCAUCGUCACUGGAGGCCUCGCCGCCUUUGACAAGCUUGACGAGGAGGAAAAGCGCCGUGUGCGUGAACGCGCCAUCGGCGGCGUUGCGCAAGAGUGCUCUUCGCGGAACCGCUCUGCCCUGGUCGCCGGCCACUACAUGUUCUGGACGGAAGGGGAGUCGCAAGGUCAUGUUGUCGCGACCGCGAGCGACUUGAGUGUCUAUACGCACAUAAUAUACCUCGAAGUUCCGGCGCCUGCCAUUCUUCAGCGCCGACUGGACGACAUCGGCCGAUGUCGCGAGGCGGCGUCUGCCGCGCACCUACACCGGUGGCAGCGAGCCGAGAUAGACCAGCUCCGCGGGCUCUGCAGGCACCACAGCAUUUUCUUUUCGGCUGUCCCGCAGCACAGCAGCCCGCUUCCUUUCACCCUGAGGCUGGUGCGCCAUUUCGCUCAGACAAAUGCGAGCUGCAACAAUGCCCUCGUGGAAAGCAAAGUCGAAGCGGCGCUGGUGGGUGAGGAGCGCGCGGAGACGGUGUUGGUAGUGGACGCCGACAAGACCCUGGCGAGCGAGGAUGCCGGCGCCAUGUUUUGGAAGGCUGUUGACAGCUCGCUUCCGAACAAGUCGGACGUCUGUCCGCUCAAGAGUCUGUUUGGCAGCCCGCUCGGCUACUCUGAGGCCGCGUUUAUCCAGGCGACGCUCAUGUAUGAAGAGGCUGCCGACGACGUGAGCUUUGAAGCCCUGUGUGACAAGGUUUCAUCCUCCAUCACUAUACACCCCGAGUUCAUACGUCUCUUUCAGCUUGCCUGCGGCCAUGGCCACAUGCGAGUCGUUGUUUUGACCUGCGGGAUUCGUCGUGUCUGGCAAAUGGUGCUGGAAAAAGCUGGCUUCGGGAAUAGCAUCAAGGUCAUCGGCAGCGGCAGGAUUGCAGAUGAGGUUGUCAUCACACCGCAAGCAAAGGCACAGGUUGUCAGGAGCCUUCGGAAGAGAUCAGGCCUGUACGUAUGGGCGUUCGGAGACAGCCCGCUCGACUUGCCGAUGCUGGAGGGGGCUCAUAGGGCUAUUAUUGUUUCUGGCGAUGCCCAAACCCGAAGCCGAAGCAUGGAGGAUGCCUUACGCGAGGCCAUCGAAUCUCGUGGAUUCCACUGCCACCAAGUACUGCUUCCGCCGCACGCCGCGCCGCGGUUAACCGCCACAAGGCUGCCGCUGCUAUCAUUCUCUGAUGCCGAAUUUGUCGAAGAGCUCGUGCGUCGCCGUGAGAUAGAGGUGGCUGCCACAACCUCCAAGAUAGCGUCGGCCUGCAACGGCGCCGUCAUCCACGCCACGCACUCCGGCGCUGCGAAGCUCCUCAUGUCUCCGACUCGAGAUGCGUCCAUCUCCGGGGCGGCGCUAAGACAGGCUCACCAGGAGCUCGGGAAAUUCUUGGCGUUGCAGCUCCUCACCGAAGUCAUCGGCGUCGAGGCCAUCGAGGUGCCCCAUGUGCAGGGCCACCAGACGACAGGGUUCCGCCUGGCUCACGAAGCGCAAACCACCAUCGCGGCACUCAUGCGCGGCGGGGAGCCCAUGGCCCUGGGCAUCGGCGAGGUCUUCCCCAAGGCCAUGUUCUUGCACACGUUUCGUCCGGAAGACAUCGAGAGUCAGCACCUGAGAGACCAGAAGAACCUGAUUCUUGUGGAUUCGGUGGUCAACAGCGGCAAGAGCAUUGUGGAAUUUUUACGCCACGUCACGCGGCUCAAGCAAGACGGCCUCGUUAACGUGGUUGUCGUAGCAGGGGUUGUUCAGGAGGAAUCGGUUGCGGAGGGUCAUGUUUUGCGAACGAUGCUGGAGCAGCAUGGGGUGAAGCUGGUGGCGCUGCGCUUGUCGAGCAAUAAGUUUACGGGGACCAAGGGUACCGAUACUGGCAAUCGGCUGUUCAACACAACUCACCUGGCCUGA